CGCGCGCAGCCAGGUCUCCGUGGUCACGAGCGAGCGGUGACACUGCGGUGAGGAGGACAUGUCAGCCAGGUGGCACCGUGAGCCGAGCUGGGAUCGGAACCGGAGAGAGGAGCCUGUGGACGGGCAGCCGGGGCGGCGCAGACAGAGCAGCACCGGAAACAGGAGCAUCACGGCUCGAGCUUUUUCCAAAGAUACAAUGAGUCUGAAGAGGAAUCUGUCGGCAUGCGAGGAGAAUUUUCCAACAGUCCUGCCCGUUCUGCUGGACGUGGUCCGAGGUCCCGACCGUCUGGCCGCGGACGAGGAGUCGCAGGACCUGCUUAGGGAGAAACUGCGCCUCCUACAGGCGGACUGUGAUGGAGUCAAAAACCUGUUUGUGGAGCUGUCAGCUGAACUGGUCUCAAUCAACAGUGAAGAAAAAUCCAUUUAUGUGACAUUCAAAACAUUUGAGGAAAUUUGGAAAUUCACCACAUAUUACACCAUAGGUUUCCUGGGUCACUGUUUGGAGGAUUUGUUGUUGGAUGAAAAAGUCUGGCUGAGUUCUUUGGAGGAAAAUGUUGGUGUUGGGGUUUCCAUUCAGGAGGAGGCUCUUAAUCUAUUUCACAAAGGAAUCCUGAUGCAAGAAGGUUCACUGUUUGCGAGUUGCAGUGUCAGCCAGAUGUUUGACAGCUCCACCUCUGGUGCAGACCUGUACCUGGAACAGGGAGACGUCGCACAGUUUGAGCCUCCCUUCCUCGGCUCAGGAUGGACCGUCCUCUGCCUGGCGGAUGGGGCUCGGGGCACAGCACCCAAACUGGCCUUGGAGCCAGUUAUCCCCUUCCAUCAAUGGUUUCUCAAAUCCUGUCCAGAAAGUAUUCUAGUCGGAAACGGAAAACCUGCCUGUGACUUUCCUUUGCAGUUUGCCAGAGGGAAAUGCGUGGCCACACAGACACAUGAUGCUGAGGGCCCGGAUGAGCUGAGCCUGGCACCCGGUGACGUCAUCAUCAUCGUGGGACCUCUGCUUUCCUGUUUUGACUGGUUCACUGGGAAGAAGGAGGCAACCGGAGAAGUUGGUCUCGUAAAGACGAGUUUUGUGGAAGCAACCUCUGAAACCUCGGACUCAGGCGAUGUGUUCUUAGACACAAAGGAAUGGAUGUUCGAGUCUCAGAAAGAGGAAGAAAUCAUCAAAGAAUCAAUGGAUAAGUUAAAGAGAAAAUCUCUGACUGAUGCUGGUCAAAACUACAAACUGGAUACCAUCCAUUACCAAGACUCUGAAAAUAAAACAGGAUCCAGCUCCUCUCCAGACACUAAACCUUCACCGAAAAAACUCAGGAAAUAUAUUCGGAGGAUUCUAGCUCCAGAGAAAUAUUCAACUUCAGCUUCUUCAGUGACAGAAAACGAAGUUCUGGAAGACUCCAGACAGAAGACAUGCCUGCCCUGCUUCACUGUUCAUCCAGUUGUCGAGGGAGAAUGCAACACUGAGAACUUCACUCCCUUUUUUUGCUUUUUGGAUGGACAAGAUUACAAAGAGGAAUUUGGUUUUUUGUACAGCCUGAGUUCUGAUACUCUCAGCUCCACCUUCUUUGAAGGUCACUCUGACGACGACGAGCUUAUUUCCUUCCUGGGUGUUGCCAGGGAAACAGCCAGGAAGAGACGCCUCUACUGGAUGCAAACUCGUUUGUGUUUUCUGCUGGGUAAGCUCUGUGCCGGGAAGUUAAAGUUCAGCCAGGCUCGAGUUUACUUUGAGGAGUCUCUUGGUAUUCCGAGAGAAACCUUCACAGACCUCAGGCUGCUCGCCAGCAUCUACUCCAACCUGGCAACCAUUUAUCUCCUGCAGAAAAACAGAGACAGCUUCUUUGGGGUCGCAGAGCGCCUCAGUGCCUUCCUGCUGGGAGUCCCGGACUGCUUGAAAAGCUUAGAGGACAACAAUGUUCUGAAAUACAUGCUGAAGAAGGCUGUUCUCACUCACAACAAAAGGGCAGAGGCUCGAGCUUGUUAUCUGUUGGCUAAGCACCACUGGAUGAAAGGAGAAGGAAGUCAGGUUAUUCCUUAUUUGGAAAGGCUUCUUGUUGUUUGGGAUGAGGCUCAGAGAAGAGAGGACAUCUCUCCUAGUCAUGGAUACCUGAUCUUAGGAGAGCUGUACAGAAAACUGCACCUUCUCCACCUCAGCACCAGCUCUGCCAGAAGAGCGUCUCUGCAGCCCUCUGCCCCGCUGUCUGACUGCCUGGGCAGCAUGAUGUUGGUUCUGAGCGAUGCUGACGGCCGCGGCGGGACAACAGAUCAGGAAGCGUCUGUUCCACCUCAGCUGGCUCCGUAUUUGUAUCGCUCGCUUGCGGUCAUUGAGGCGCAGGAAGAAGAAGGAGGAAGUCCUCAUCACCGGGCUCUUAGCCAUCAACUCACCCUGUGUCUCUGCCAGCUAUUCUACAAGUACAAAAUGAUUGAUCAUGCAAUCCGUCGCAUUCAUUCCCUCAUCAAAAACAAGUGGUCCUCAAGGGAAGUCCCCAUCUCAGCCUCCGACAGGAACAGCGCCCUCAUCUGGCUGGCGUGGCUUCACAUCGAGAACAAUCAGCCCUCUUAUGCUUUAGACAUCCUAAACUUGUUUUUAGUGUCCAUGUCUGAACACUGCAAAUCUCCUCAGAAAGGAGUGGUUCUGAACAUGCGCGGUGUGGCUCUCCGCUGCAUGGGCGACCACCGCAGAGCCGCAGAGAGCUACCAGGCUGCCGUGGACGUCUGCAGAGAGUACGAGGACAUGCCAAACUGGGCCGUAGCUCAGGCAAAUCUGGGUCUGCUGUUCCUGAAGGCGGGCGCCAAAGGGUUAGCAUGGAGAAAGCUGACUGAGGCGCUUCAGCUCUUCUCCGAGCUCAGUGAGGAAAACCAUGAGGCAAACUUCAUCACAGUGUUGCUGGAGCUUGGACAGCACUAUGUGGAGCAGCGGCAGCUGGAGUAUGGGAAAGGAUGCUACGAGUGGGCUCUGCUGCUGGCCAUGAAAGCCAAAUUAGCAGACUAUCAGCUCAGUGCAACCAGACACCUGUGUCAUCUGUACGAACACGAGAGUCCAGACCAGGCCCAGUGCAUCAUCUACAACCAGCACCUGAUCCAGCUGCUGAGAUGCUCUGGAAGCAGAGCAGAGGAGGGAAACGCACUGGAAGCAAUCAGCCAGUUGUACCUGGCUCUGGGCACAGAGAGGGCGUACCGGGCCGCUCUGGACUACACUAAAAGCAGUCUCAUGAUCUUCAUCGACCUGGGCUGGAAGGAGAAGGAAGCGUACGGCUGGCUGAAAGCAGGGAAGAUCCACCACCUGCUCGGCCAAACCGAGCUGGUGGACAUCUACGUUCAGGCUGCCCAGGAUGUAGCUCUGAGCACCGGACACACCAGCUUUAUCCUGAGCCUUCUGGAAGCUGCGGGGGAUAUUUUCUGGGACAGCUGUCAGGACUAUGAGAAAGCUGUCACCUUCUAUAGGGACCGUGCUCUGCCCAUUGCAGUGAAGAUCGGCAGCUCUCCGUCCCGACUGAGGCUGUGCAACAAGCUGACUGAAGUCAUGCUCGCUCUCAAGUCCUACGCCGAAGCCGUAGAGUUUGCUCACACUGCUGUGGACAUCAGUGCCAGCGCAGGAGAGCGUCUGAAUGAGCGAGUGGCCUACCAUCGCCUGGCCUUCGUGUACCAACACCUGGAGCAGUCUGAACUGUCCGAACACUACUACCUGAAGGCACUGGCGCUCUGUCCAAGUCCUCUGCAGUUUGAUGAGGAAACACUGUACUAUGUCAGGGUGUACCAGACGCUUGGAGACAUCAUAUUCCACCACCUGAAGGACCCGUUCGAUGCUGCUGGAUACUACCACCUGGCUCUGGCUGCAGCCAUGGAUCUGGGCAACAAGAGGUCUCAGCUGCAGCUGUGCACACGCCUCGCCACCAUUUACCACAACUUCCUCGUAGACCGGGAGCUCUCCCUCUUCUUCUACCAGAAGGCCAGAAGCUUUGCCACAGAGCUGAACGUGAAAAGGAUCAACAUCUCAGCAGAUCGGCAGCGGGUCAGCAUGUUCCAGCACAACACACAGUAGCUGUGACUAAAAGGAAACUCGAGUCAUUAGACUUUUAGACAAUCACUUUAAGAGAAACGUACACUUGAUAAUAGCUAUGAAGAAGAUGUUUGUCUAAGGAUUGAACAUUCUCUGAGAACUUCAAGUGUUUUAAAGUUUGAUUCACUGAUGUUAUUUUUCCUUUCUGCAUUUCUGUAAUGUUUUACGCUCCUUUGACUAACAGGAGGAUGAUCUUAUUUAAUAGAAACGACAAUGAAGCUGCAUCCAAGUUCCCUUUGUUAUAUUGUUUAACCUCUUCAGGAAAAAUAUACAGUUUUGUUCUGGGUUUAGACGGUUGCUCUGUCCGUUGUGCAGAUUAAAUCCCAAAGGAAAUUAUGGAAUGGAUUUGUUUUCCCUUGCCCAUGGACACUUUGAUAUUAGGGCAGGCAAAGCGGGAACCAAGCCUGUGAUCUUCUGAUUGGAGGUUGGUCGCCCUGCCGCUGCACCACGGCCACCCUCAAAGCCAGCUGUGCCAAACAUGGUGAAGGGAUGUGCUGAAAGAUAAACAGCAGCAACAGAAUAAUGGGAGGAUUUGGAAAUUUGUGUCCAAAAACUUACAAAAAAAAGUUCAAAAUCAGAACAGAAUUAGUUGUGAAACUGGGAAAUGUCUAAAUGUGAUAUAAUGCCAAACUAAAGACAUAAACAAAUGUAGCAUGAAUGAAAAAGAAGCUGCAGACCUGAUUUAAAGAAAGACUGUGCAUUGGGCUUUGAAAGGCUGCAAAACAGAUCAACACAAUAGAAAGAAAACAGGAUUGUGCAUUCCUGCAUUUUUUUAACGUGCAGGUUUUCACCACAAGGGGGCAGCAUUUUCAUGCUAAUGAGUAAAGUGCAUCCUCCUCACUGCAAAGUUUUUUUGUUUGAAUUGAAGAAAAAGAAAGUUUCACAGGUUUUAUUGUGUUUGGAAAGGAUAAAAUGCACACAGAAAAACAGUUGAAACUCCCGAAAACAAAACAAAAACACACUGGUUCAACAACUGUCGACAGAAUUCAGCCUAGAUCUGCUGGUUUUGAAAUACAAAAAAAUUACAAUAUCAUGGAAAAUGCAGUCUAUAUUACAUAGAAAUAUAGAUUCAAGGUUUAAUUGAUUUCAAGUAUUAGUUCAUUUUUACAUAAAUUGCAGUUCCAGCUCAUAAAAUCCAACUCAAAGCACCAAGUCAGAGGUAAUUGUCUCCGUUUGGUUCAGUAUGGGAAUUACUAUACUGACUAUCCAGAAGACCAUCGGUAUGGGAGAGCGUCAAAAGUUCCUCGCUAAGGAGGCUGGCUGUUCACAGAGCGUCAAAUCCAAGCAGAUCCACAGAAAGUCUAACAGAAGGGUAACAUGUAGCAGAAGAAGACGCACCAGCAAAAGAGACGACUUCAGCGGAUUAUCAAAAGACUGGUGAGGAGCAGAACCCAAGCUGCUGGAGGUCCAGAGGGAAAUCUCCAGUAGGUCAUGAUUUGGGCUACAAUGUCCAGCACUGGUGUUGGUAAACUCUGCUUUCUUCAAUCCAAAAUCACUGCAACGAUCCAGCAGAAUGUUCUAGAGGACUCCAGGGUUCCUUCUGCUGACGAUCUGGAUGGAGGUCCAGCAGGACCUGGACCCUUCCGAGACCAUUAAAGAUGGGCAAAUCAUUUUGAAAAGACUUUAUUUGGAUUAGUUUGAUGUGAUCAGAAUCUCUGUCUUUAUCUUUUUAUAGUAAGUUAGUAAUAAAUUAUUAUUUCUCUAGAGAUUUCAA